AUGAUAGAGAGUGAUCGGGAGUUGUCGACAAUGGUCCAGGAGCUUUGGGACAAUGACGUUAACCGUCUGCGGCCUGGAACUGACUAUCGCAUUUCUCUGCAGGGAAAAGCUGGCGACGUGAUGGGGUUGAAUGACUUAAAUGAUGGAGCGGGAUCCCCUUUGUUCACAUAUGUCGAUGAGAACAUUUUCAAAAAGGAAACUUUCUUAGCCUUCAUCUCCCUUCUUGAUAACUAUGAGAGUGAUGCUGGAGAACCAGAGGUCGUGACCCCCGAAGAGGAAGCAGAAAAUCACAAGUUUCUGGACUCCAUCAUACAGACGCCCACAAUGAAGAUUGCUCAUAAAUAUCUCGCGAAGAAGCAUCUUUCCCCAGAGGACACAGAGGGGUUCAAGGAGCAGCUUUACCGAAUUUGGUUUGAGCUGUAUGCCAGAAGGGGUUCUAGCCGACCGGACUCAUCUGGCUUUGAGCAUGUCUUCGUUGGUGAGACCAGAGGCGGUCGCACUGUCAUUGGUUUUCACAACUGGAUCCAGUUGUACCUGCAAGAGAAACUGGGACACAUUGACUACAAAGGCUACAGCGUUAACGCCCACUCUCCCCAACCCGAUGAGAAUAGACAUAUCUUGGCGCUACAAUUCAGCUGGAAGAACGGAAUAAAACCUAAAGGAAGCAUCUUCAUUGGAGUUAGCCCUGAGUUUGAGUUUGCCCUUUACACCUUGUGUUUCCUCACUUCGCCUAACGAGCGCGUAAGAGUGUCCUUCAACCUCUACGAGGUAGAUAUCGUCUGUCACCAUCACAACCAGAAGCACAUAGGAACCACCUACCCCGUCCUCGUUAAAUACCAGACAGUAUAA